AUGUUUAAGAUUUUUGGCAAGCAGCCGACGCCUGAAGAGAUGGUGCGCAAGUGGCGCGCGAGCAUCCGCGCCCAGGAGCGCGCGCUCGACCGCCAAACGCGCAACAUCCAGAUGGAGGAGCAAAAGGUAAUGCGAUCGAUCAGACAGCUGGCCAAGAAAAACGACACCGCGUCCUGCCGCUCGCUGGCCAAGGAGCUGGUGCGCAGCCGGCGCCAGCGCGACCGCAUCAUCACCAGCAAGGCGCAGCUGAACUCGAUCGUCCUGGAGCUCCAGCGCCAGGUCGCCGUGCUCAAGGUUGCCGGCAGUCUGCAGAAAUCCACCCAGGUCAUGAAAUCCGUCAAUGCCCUGAUGCGCGUGCCGCAGUUGCAGAUGACCUUGAUGGAGAUGUCCAAAGAAAUGAUGAAGGCCGGCAUUAUCGAGGAAAUGACCCAGGAUGAGGAGGCUGACGAGGAGGUCGAGGGCAUUCUGGCCGAGGUCACGGAGGGCGUGCUGGGGAAGGUCAAGAACGAGGUGCCGAAGCAUCAUGUGCCCAUGGUCGAAGAAGCGGAAGAGGAAGAGGAGCUAGACUUGGAUGAUAUGCGGGCGAGACUAUCGGCACUGCGCUCAUGA